GGAGUGGAAGGGGUGGCGCUCUGGCAGCUGGGAAUCGGUUUGUGUUGCAAACCCAGCUGAUGCGGGCGUCCGGUGUGGACUUCCGUGACGCGAUCAAGCGAGUGGACACUGCCCACGAAGUGACUGCGGCCUGCAUCCCGUUUCACAAGCGGAGCUGGGACAGGAACAACUUUGAGUCAUUUGCUUCCAGAGUGGAAGAGUGCGUUUUGCUUCGCCCACAGAAUCUACAUUCGUGAAAAGGUAAGACCAUGAUUUGCGGCAUUUCAUAAAUGAAGCAUUGAGGAAUGAAAUGAGAUAAUGUCAUACAGAAAAUAAAUGAUAGUUAUGUCUAUUAGUUUGACCAUAGAUAUAUAUAUUUACCUCCUUAGUAAUGUGAGAAGUCUUUGUGGAAAGCAGAGAAGCAAGCAGCUGCAUUUUGUGUGCUCUCCUCGACAUUACUGGUGGAUAAGCCAUCGCAGUCUACAAAGAGGUUUUCACACAAGCAGGCUAAGAUGUAAGUGGACCAAAAGUGAAGCGUGUUCCUGCAGUAAGCCCUGUCACUCUCCAAGCGGCCAUGGUUUACAUGUUGGUAUUUGGAAACUUAGCACUUCUGCUCCCAAGGGACUUACAAAAGUGAGCAUUCGCAUGUCUCGUAUUAAAAGUACUUUGAAUUCUGUUUCAAAAGCUGUUUUUGGUAGUCAAAAUGAAAUGAUUUCACGUUUAGCUCAAUUUAAGCCAAGUUUUCGAAUAUUAAAAAAAGUAUCAGAUAGUGGCUUGUCAAAAGAGAAAAAUACUGAAGAAGGCAUCAAAUCUUUGAAAAAAUACAGUGACGACGAAUCAGCUGAAAAGAGUCCUUUUGCAGAAGAGAAAAAUCACCUAAUAGAUAAAGAAGAUACAGGUAAACAAAGCCUUUUUCAUUAUACAAGUCAUAUAACCACAAAAUUUGGAGAAUCAUUCUACUUUUUAUCAAAUCACAUUAAUUUGUACUUCAAGCGUGAGGAAAAAAUGUCUCCAAAAACCGAAAAUAAACAUUUUGAGGACAAAGCAGAACUCGAAAAUGGAAACACUGAAGAAGGGAAACCCAGUUCUCCUGGUCCUGGCAUCCUGACUGGUGAGCCAGGCUCGCCGCCUUCCGUCGGUUCCGUGGCCAAGCCUGCGGGCCCAAAUGGGGUACCAGAGGUUCUUCCAGUUUCCACGAAACAGAGCAUCGCUAACUUUUUUUCUCGCCCCACGGAGGGUGUCCAGGCUUUAGUAGGUGGCUAUAUCGGUGGCCUCGUCCCCAAGUUAAAGUAUGACUCCAAGAGUCAGGCAGAAGAACAGGAAGAGCCUGUUAAACCGGAGCAGGCUGACGGAAGUGCAGAGGAGAAAAAGCGAGCGUCUCUCCAGAGGGAAAAGAUUAUUGCAAGAGUGAGUAUUGAUAACAGAACCCGGGCGUUAGUGCAGGCGUUAAGAAGAACAUCAGACCCAAAGCUCUGCAUUACUAGGGUUGAAGAACUGACUUUUCAUCUUCUAGAAUUUCCUGAAGGAAAAGGAGUAGCUGUCAAGGAAAGAAUUAUACCAUAUUUAUUACGACUAAGACAAACUAAAGAUGAAACUCUUCAGGCUGCAGUUAGAGAAAUUUUGGCCUUAAUUGGUUAUGUGGAUCCCGUGAAAGGGAGAGGAAUCCGAAUUCUCUCAAUAGAUGGAGGAGGAACAAGGGGUGUGGUUGCUCUUCAGACUCUGCGGAAAUUAGUUGAACUAACUCAGAAGCCAGUUCAUCAGCUCUUUGAUUACAUUUGUGGUGUAAGCACAGGUGCUGUGUUAGCUUUCAUGUUGGGGUUGUUUCAUAUGCCACUGGAUGAAUGUGAGGAACUUUAUCGGAAGUUAGGAUCAGAUGUAUUUUCACAAAACGUCAUUGUGGGUACAGUCAAGAUGAGUUGGAGCCAUGCAUUUUAUGACAGCCAAACAUGGGAAAAGAUUCUCAAGGAUAGAAUGGGAUCUGCACUAAUGAUUGAAACAGCAAGAAACCCUGCAUGUCCUAAGGUUGCUGCUGUAAGUACCAUAGUAAACAGAGGGAUAACACCAAAGGCUUUUGUGUUCAGAAACUAUGGUCAUUUUCCUGGAAUCAACUCUCAUUACUUGGGAGGGUGCCAGUAUAAAAUGUGGCAGGCCAUUAGAGCCUCCUCUGCUGCCCCGGGCUACUUUGCAGAAUAUGCAUUGGGAAAUGAUCUUCAUCAAGAUGGAGGCUUGCUUCUCAACAACCCUUCCGCCUUAGCAAUGCAUGAGUGUAAGUGUCUUUGGCCGGAUUCCCCAUUAGAGUGCAUCGUGUCCCUGGGCACAGGACGCUAUGAGAGUGACGUAAGGAACUCCGCGACCUACACGAGCUUGAGAACCAAACUCUCUAAUGUCAUCAACAGUGCGACAGACACCGAAGAAGUCCAUGUAAUGCUUGAUGGUCUGUUACCUCCUGACACCUAUUUUAGAUUCAAUCCUGUCAUGUGUGAAAACAUACCCCUAGAUGAAAGUCGAAAUGAAAAACUGGAUCAGCUGCAGUUGGAAGGACUGAAGUACAUGGAAAGAAAUGAACAAAAAAUGAAAAAACUUGCAAAAAUAUUAAGUCAAGAAAAAACAACUCUGCAGAAAAUUAAUGAUUGGAUAAAAUUAAAAACUGACAUGUAUGAAGGUCUUCCGUUCUUUUCAAAAUUGUGAUGAUUGGAUGCACAUAUUCUCACAAAUGAAGGCCUGUUCAGAAGAUCGUGCAAAUUCAGCCAGGAAUUCUGGAGUUCAACAUGAGUUAACUUUGAAUCAAAGAUUCUGGGGUGUCUGAAAAAGACGGUGCUUUGAUCAGCUUCCACAGUAGAGAAGACACAUUGAGUUACAGAAUUCAUACAAGAAUUAAGUUUUUAAGAUGUUAGUAUUAACUAAGAUUUAGGAAUUUUAUUAUUGUGCUAUUUGGUUUUAGUAGCUAUUGUUAAAUUGUUAGCUGUUUUAAAGUUUAUUAAUACGUGUGCCAAACAGAAAAUUGAAAUUACACUUUGUAUCUUUCCUUAGUCAUUGUAAUCAUGUUCAAUUCAUGCAGUUGAUUUUUUUUCACAUGGGAAGCUAAUUUCUUCCCUUUAUUUGUGUUUUCACAAGCUGCAUUUGCAACUCACAUGCUACCUUUUAUUGUAACAUCAUCUAAACAGUUGCAGAAAAAUGGAACUUUCAGGCUGGGGAUUUAGCUCAGCGGCAUAAGCGCCUGCCUUGCAAGCAGGUAGUCAUAAGUUCCAUCCCCAGUACCGAUAAAAAGGAAAAAGACAAAAAAAAAAAAAAAAGGAACUUUCUCUAGUAAAGUACUUUUACACUUGAAAUAUGAAUGAACCGAUACAGUUUUCUAUUCAGAAUUUGCUUAUUUCAGCAUUGUUUGAUUUAAAAAGAUAAAUGGUUACAAUUCAUUACCUUUUCCCUCUGAAAUGUCAAAAUAAUGCUGUUAACUUUUCUAAGCCUUGCUCAAUCUUAUCAUUUGCAGUUAUGAAAUUAUUUGAUUUUACUAAGAAUAUUCCUGUAAUAAAUAAAUUAUUGAAAUAGUGUGUUGUUAAAAGA